AUGGUGCGUCAUAGUUCGGCGGCCCCCAGUCCAACCCCUGGGGGACAGACCACCUUGGGCUCCUCGAUCUAUCCACCAGAGUAUAUAUGGAACUCCCUCUCCGACUCCCAGCGGGACUCAUUCAUCUCUACUGUGUCCGCGUCUCUUGUUGCGGGCGACGGGCAGCGCAAGCGCCCACGUUUAGACCUCACUGGGGAGGAGGAUGCUGACGACGCCCUGAUCUCAAUCAAGGACUGGGGAAAUGACGUUUCCCUCUGGGCCCAUUGCUUCAGCAAUUACAUCGCUGUCUGGUGUGAUUUCUUCGCUGCUAAGCACCCGUUAUGCAUCAGUGGAAUGGUCCUCUUCCACCGCCGCAUUUGUGACCUUGCCAGGGCAUAUAAAUGGCAGGAUUGUAUCCUGCAGAUGGCCUUGGACCACCACCAGAUGAUCGUCGAUAAAGGCGACCUUACCGUUUCUCUCAGUGACUGGGAAAUUGGGAAAGCCCUCGAGAGCUCCUACCUUCGCCCGGACAACGUGCUCCCAGCAAAGACGACGCCGGCUUCCCCAACCACGCGCUCAACGCGCUCUACCGCUGCCCCAAAUAACGAUACUGUCGAACACGCCGGGGUCGGCCCUGGUAUAGGUCAAAUCCUGUCGCCGCCAACUAGCUGGCCGGCCCCGCGUCCCAAUACUUCUAUCCAGUUUGAGGUCUUCGACCCUUCCCUCCCGCCUCUGCGUGAUUCCGCUUCUCCCUUCAUCGCCUCAGCGUGGAAAACACUCCUCGAACGUUAUCCUGGCAACCUAGGGACUAUUUGCAGCGGCAUCCUUACGUUCGGCUGCCGCCUCGGUUGUACGACCGUGCCAAGAUACCGUCGAACUCCUAAUCACCGCAUCGAGGAACACUCUCUUAUCACCCAGAAGCUCUCUAAUGACCUAUUAUGUCGUCGGGUACAACUAUCUACUGGCCCCGUAGUUGUUUCCCCACUGGGGCUGGUACCCAAACACGACGGAAGCUGGCGCCGUAUCCAUGAUCUUUCCUACCCGCCGGGUCAGAGUGUCAACGAGUCUAUCCCUGACGCUGCUUCUACUAUACAAUACAUCUCUAUGGAUGGCAUCUUUGAUCUCAUACGCACGUCGGGACGAGGGUGCUAUAUCAUCAAACGCGACAUCAAGGAUGCCUUCCGUAACAUUCCCGUCGCUCCCGCUGACCGGCCUCUCCUAGCCUUCUCGUGGGAGAACAAGACAUACAUGGAGUGCUGCCUCCCAUUCGGCCUUACAACUGCACCCUUCAUCUUUAACCUUUUUGCCGAGGGCCUUAACUGGCUCCUAAGCGCUUACUUGCCUUUGGCCUCUAUCGCUCAUUACCUUGACGAUUUCAUCACUAUUUUCCCUUCCUCCGUAGGAAGUCUCUCCAAAGCCCUUACCGCUUUCAAUACCGUAUAUAUUCCUCUCACGGAUGCGUUAGGCAUCCCACGGAAUGACUCAAAAGACGCCGUGGGUACCGUGGUCAGUGUCCUUGGGGUCGAAAUCGACACCACGCUCCUACAGGCCCGAGUGCCUCGCGAUAAGCUAGCACGCGCAUCUUCCGAAGCCGCGUCGCUACUACAGCUAGAUCGCGUCUCGCAUAAAACUUUGCAACGUGUAAGCCCGCUUUCAGUCGCUCUACAGCGACCUCGCAUCCUUCCCCCCCACCAGCGCUCCGUUCGCCGCCUAUCCCAUGAUAGCCGCGGGGAUCUUGCGUGGUGGAGGGACACUCUCCCGUUAUUUAACGGCAUCCAUUUCUUCGAGAAGAGCCGCCCCCUAGUUGCCCUCUACACAGACGCGUGCGACUCAGGUCUGGGCCUCUUCUUCUUCUAUGCGCCCUCAUGGGACUCCGCCAGGGACUGGAUGUCUGCAGCGCCUCACCUGCCGUCCACCCAUACGGCUAUCGUGGACGCCUCCUCCGCCUGCGGCGACGUGGCCCACAUCAACAUCAAGGAGGUCUCCGCAAUCCUGCAGGCCUUCCUCAUACAUAGCCCCCAUUGGGCUCAUCAUCUUGUCCUCGCUUUCACAGACAGCGCCGUCGCGUUUCAUGGCCCGUCUAAACAGGCACUCCUGGACGAGCUCCUUUCCCUUGCUCCGCCAACCUGGUUCUCUCGACAGCCUAUUUUCGUGAAUGCUGGCCAUGCGAAGCUGGUCUGGAAUGGUCUUGCAGAAGGAACCAGAAGAGGUUAUCGCUCGGCGCAGCGCUCCUACGCCCGCAGCUGCGUGAUCCAUGGAAUGCAGCCGUGGCCAGCCACAGCCCCGUCUAUCUGCACUUGGCAUACGGAACGCCUACUGGGCGCGGGGAAUAUCUCACAUCUCCCUGCCCAACCGCGGGGGCUCUCAGCGGCCCAGAAAAAUGACCUUAAUCUUGCCGUGGCCGCCCGCGUUGCCUUCGCCGGAUUCCUUCGGGUCGGGGAAUUUACAUACUCAGCUACCGACCUCAGAGACACUCAAGUCUUCGCUGCUACUAAAUUAACCUGGGUGGAUGUCAGGUUCUCCCCCACCAUGGACCACGUCCUCCUUACUUUGAAGAGAAGCAAGACCGACCGAAACCACGAAGGUGUCAAUGUUGUCCUUGCAGCGACAAACGACGCAGCCUGCCCCGUCGAAGGCCUUUCUAAGCUAUUCCUCCAUGAUUCUCAACCUAUGACUGCUCCUCUAUUUGCGCUCUCCUCUGGUCCUUUCACCUCAUCCGCCUUCCAACGUGCGGUUAUCUCUAAGCUCAACCGCGCCGGGGAAGACACCACGGGACUUAAGGGUCAUAGUUCAGAAAAGGGGCAGCACAACACGCCCACAACGCAGGCCUAA